AUGAAAACAAAAAGACUAGUAAUAAUUAUGUGGAAUAUUGAAAGGAUUUUAUUAAUAACAUCAAUUUUACACGCUUCAGCAGUAGCUCAGUCGAACCGUAAUGACACACGAUGCUUCCAAUUCACGUGGCUUGGUCCCCGAUAUGACAAUCAAAGUGUCUUCAUGAACGCGACCUGCAAUGAUGCUACACGACUUGCGGAUGGAAUACCGUGCUAUCAGCCUCUCGUUGUUUCAGAGGACGGCACCUGGCCAGAUAUGGAUUACAUUUGGGCAAACCAUUUCAACGCAACCACUUGUGUGCUCACACAAAAUGAUAUCUGUGCAAAAUAUACUUACUAUUUCAAUGGACAUCCGGAAAAUUCAACCCACAUGUGUACUAGAGCCGUAGACAAUAAUAAUACAGCAAUCACUAGUGGGUGCUAUGAGCAGAUGUCUGGAAGCUAUCGAACAAGGGUUUGCUUCUGUCGCAGUGUUCCUGGGGGAGUGCCGUGUAACAAGGGCUUUGCUGUCAUACCGUCGAUAUUUGCAGCAUUACUAGGCUUCAUAGUUUUUCAUAUUAUUAGGAACUGA